UAAUCUACAAACUUACUUCAAGGUUCUCCAACAGAAAGCGGGGUGAUGAGGAUAUGUUUAAGUGCAUGUGGUUCAUGGAUUCUCCAUCGCGGCCUAAAUUAUUAAUUCAUUUUCUUGCCUUUCCGUUUCUUUUUCUUCUCUUUUCUUCUCUUACCCGCCGCCGCCGCUAGUUUCCAACUUGCCCUCAAGUUUUAUAGUUCCCAGUAUAGGUAUUCUCAGGUAUUCUCUUGGCGUCUGGGCAGCCUACCUAUCUAGGUACCUAGUGGCCGUCACCCAACAGUUUCCUCACUCAAACCUACCAAGAUUCGAGUAACCAUAAAGCAAAUAUGGCGACUAUCGAACAUUGCCUCUACUGCUUCGAGACUCUGGCUGCGCAUCUCGAAAAUCGCAAGUCUAUGAGCCUUAAGGAGAUCCAAAAGACUUGGGCUAAAUAUAACAAUGAUCUAGAAAGUAGGGCAGGGCAAGCCGCAGACAAAACAGAAAGUCUCGAGAAGCGCAUCCCAGCCCUCAGACGGGUAGUCGAUUCAGAUGCUUCCGAGUUAAGCAGUUCAUCUUCACCUUCAUCCGGUUCGACCACGUCCCUUAGCACCGCCACUCCCGCAACUUCUUUAGACUCUCUUCCAGACACCGAAGACGUAAUCACCAAGUCGCCGCUAUUCGUGACAUGGAAUACUGUGUCUCCUCGCUCGGGAAAUACUUCUCUGAGGGGUUGCAUUGGGACGUUCGAGGCCCAGGAACUUGAUGAAGGAUUGUCGUCCUACGCUAUCACUUCGGCUGUGCACGAUACCCGAUUCGAUCCUAUUUCCAAGCGGGAACUGCCUUCGCUCGAGGUCGCCGUUACCUUGCUGACCAACUUUGAGGACUGCGAUGACGCAAUGGAUUGGGAGAUCGGCACCCACGGUCUACGCAUCAGUUUCACGGACCGCGGUCGUCGCUACGGUGCCACUUACCUACCGGAUGUUGCUCUAGAACAGGGCUGGACGAAGGAGGAGACUUUGCUAAGCCUCAUGCGCAAGGCCGGGUGGGUUGGUCGGAAAGAGAAAUGGCAGAGUGUGGACCUCAAGGUGGUGCGCUAUCAGGGCAAGAAAAAUUCACUGCAGUACCCCGAAUACAAACAGUGGCGGGACUGGGUAAAUGAGGCGGAUGAGGCCGAGGCAUAGAGACUGCAAACAGAACCCGCACACAAAUGUCUACGCGAAUGAGCGAGCAAGCGAACGAGUAAGAAAUGAGAGAAGUAUGCAUGCAUGAAUGAAGAUGGUUAUACUACAACUGCAUUGGACCGCAUAGGCAAUUCCCUCCGGUAAGAGGGAAGGAAGAUGGGCGGGAGUCUAAGAGUACGGCGCUUGGGAGCGGUUAGGCCAGAUGGGUCAUUUUGACGAUACAGGUAGAUCUGGGGGUUUGAUUUUUUUGAUGGUGAAUGGUAAUGCUAAAUGUUUUCUCAUGCCAAUUCAACAUACUAUGUAGCUGUCGAAUACCCUUCGUCGGCGUAUAGUGCCUCCCUUCGAAACGAAAGCUUUAGUCCUUUGCUCAUCCCUC